UAGACAGUGUGCUUUUUUGAACCAAGGAGCGGAAGUGUUUUCUGUCAAGCAGCACAGCUCAUCCUUCCUUGUGUUUGCCGAGUCCUGCUGGGUAAAAACAGAUGGACAAGAUGAACCACAGCUUAGCUGAGGCAGAGGCUGAAACCAUAGAACCACUGCGUUACCUCAGUAAAGGGGAAGCGGCAGCGAUCGAGACGGAGCUCCUGAAGGACUACAGGUUUGGACAGCAGCAGCUGAUAGAGAUCUGGGGUCAAGCGUGCGCCCUCGCCAUCACUAAGGCCUAUCCUCUCAGCUCACUAGCAAAGAAGCAGCCAACGGUGCUGGUGAUCUGUGGUCCAAAUCAGAAUGGCUCUAUUGGGCUGGUGUGUGCCCGACACCUGCGCAUGUUUGAAUAUGAGCCCACCAUCUACCACCCUCAACGCUCCUCUCAAAGUCUACACCAGGACUUUACAGUUCAGUGUGAGAAGAUGGACAUCCCCUUCCUCUCCUAUCUCCCCACAGAGGUGCAGCUCAUAAACGAUGCCUACAACCUAGUGAUCGAUGCCAUGCUGGGCCCAGAGACAGACUGUGCCAACAUUAAAGAGCCCUACUCCGGUAUCCUGGUCACCCUGAAGCAAGUCAAGACCCCCAUUGCUAGUGUGGAUGUGCCCUCAGGUUGGGAUGUAGAAGAACCAAGUCAGGAUGGGAUUAACCCUGAAGUUCUCAUCUCACUUACAGCUCCAAAAAAGUGUGCCAUGAGUUUCUCAGGGAAGCAUUUCUUGGCUGGACGCUUCCUGCCCUAUGACAUCCAGAAAAAAUACGAGCUAAACCUCCCAGACUACCCUGGCACAGACUGUCUCAUAGAACUGUAACACAUGGGAAACAAAAGAGCCACCAUGGCCACUUCUAAUUUCCAAAACUGUACGUAAAUCUAUUCUGUUGUUUUUUGUAUUUUAUAGAUUGUAAAUGUGAAUUUAUGUCAACAUCUCAGUUAUGUAGAUCAAGCUACAUAUUAGCCAAAAGUGCUGUUGAGCUACAGUAGAAGGAUACUAUUUAGAAACUGUGGUUUCUGUCAUGUCUAAUGGGGGAAAUGGCAUGAAGAUAUUUUGUGUCAGUCUACUUGUAAAAACUGUAGCAUUUCUCUGUUGUCUGAUUGCUUUGCAAAAGACAAACCACUUUCUUUUUUCCACAGUCAGCAAAGAAUGAUGGAUUUACUCAAAAGUCAGCCACUGGAGUAUCUUUGACCUUUUCUUUCAAACCUUUUUGAAUGUUAAUGUUUUGAUGUCUUUGAGUUCUUCUGUUAAACUUUCUACAAACUGUGCUGCUGAGAUUAAUGGAUGCAGGCUGGCAAUGUUUGGUUUUCUAUGUUUUUGGUUUGUUUUGUCAGUCUGCUCUUCUGCAUUACCUUUGUUUCAGAUUCUACAUCAGCUGUUACAAAAGACCCACACAGUCCUAGUUGUCAAAUAAAGAUGCAAAUUUAAAAGGG